UUGCCACCCCUGCAUUAUUUGUUUGGUUUCUUGGAUGGAAGAAAUUAGUUGUUGUAUUGAUUUCAUUUUGCGGAAAAUAACUGAAUAAAUGGAGAAAAUAGCAGUGAAAAGUGAUACAAAUGCAACAACAAAUGAAAAAAUUCCCGACGGAAAUACCUUCCUGAUAAAACCAACAUUAGAGAACACCUUUCAGACGUUUCAAGUGAAGGAAAUCAUUAAGGAAUGUUUAACCAGCAUCCUCACUGACAAAAUCUACUCCAAAGAAGAAGUUCCUGUCUGGACGAAGCAGAUUGCAGAUGAUGUGAGCAACAAAAUUGUAGAUCUGAAGAUGAAGAGGUACAAGCAUGUGGUCACUGUGACCCUUGGGCAGCAGCUAGGAGCUGGAUGCAAAUACAUUUCUCGCUGCAGAUGGGAUGCAGAAUGUGAUAGCCAGGUGUCGGAUGUGUUCACAAAUUCCAGUCUCUUUUGCGUAGUAACAGUCUUUGGAGUUUAUUUAUAUUAAAUAAACACAAUAAUAUUUAA